GUUAAACAAACCAUGUCAACUAUAAUUCAAGAAAAUGAUGAUCAUUUCACAGAUGAACCUUCAACGAAACGUACAAAAUAUUUAUUUGAAACUUCGUCAUCAAAUAAUGAAGAAGGAUUUAAUCAGAAUGCAUCUUUCAAUUCGUUGAUCGAAGAAAACUUUAUAAAAUUACGUUCAACAAACAUUUUAUCAAGUGUGUCACCAUAUUUAGGUACAGAUAAUGCAACGAUUAAUAAUAUGAGUAGUUCUUCUGAUUUAAAUAUACCACAAUGCGAUCAUGGGAAUGAAUUCGCACUUUCAAAAUCGCAUCCAUCUAGUUGUCACUUAUCCUCUACAAAUAUCGAAUCAGUAUCUUUACGUGGCAAUCUUGAUUCUUAUUCUUCAAUUGCUCUGAAUAAACCUCCUACAUCUCAACAACAACCACAUCAGUACCCACAUUAUCAACAUUCGGAACAGUUGGAAAAUCUAUGCACCGAAAUGUCGAAUCCAACUAGUGAUAAAUUAUUGCAUGUAUUAUCAACUUCAUCUUCAACAUCUUCGUUUACUCAUAAAAAUGAUUUAAAUUGUCCCGGUACUUCUAAUGACGUUAUUAAAACAAGCGAACUACCGGCGGCAAAAAUUACUUGUUCAAAUAUCCAACAAUUUAUAUCUAAUGGAAAUUACAUCACCACUACUAGUAAUAAUAACUCAUUAUUGUUAAUGAAUAAUGAAUCCUUAAAUAAUUCAUCUGAUCAUCUAUCUAUAAGUGAAGAAAGCGAUGUCAAUACACCAUCAAUAUUCUGUCAGUAUCAAUCGCUAAUAACAACAACAAAUACUACUGCUACUACUACAACCAAAAAAGCAUUCACAGCAAUAUCAAAUGUAACUACAAAAAGUGACAAUGAAAUUGAAUUAAUGAAUUCAAAUGGCUGCAAUGUUGAUUUGAUGCCAAAUUUUACAGAAUCUAAUGAAAAUAACCACAAUUCCCCUAAAUCUAUUAAUAAUACAUUGAAUUUAUUAGAAAUUUCCAAUUCAUCAUACCCUAUAACAACUAAUCAUAUUAAAGAUUCUUAUUUUCCAUCUAUGCUUAUUCAUGAUAAUUUAUUAUCGGAAGAAAAUCAAUAUUCUAUCAAUGAACAAUCAUGGAUCAUUUCUGAAAAUAUCAAUAAUCAAAAUUAUUUUAAUACACAAGGUCAAAAUAAUCAUCAUAAUAAUAAUAAUCAACAAUUUUAUUUACCAUUCAAUGAUCAUUAUAUACAAUAUCAACAGAAUACAUAUAAUCAUUAUGAAAUGAUUAAUUCUACAAAGAAUAAUAUAUUACAACAAGAAAAAGAAGAACCAAUAACAUGUUCAUUAAAUUCAACAUUAUUAUCAAAUUUAUAUAAUAAUAAUAAUAAUAAUAAUAAUGACAAUUAUAUACAAACAAAAAUAAUGAACUCUAUGAGAUUAAAUUCAAUAAAUGAAGCAUUACAUAUUUCAUAUCAACCACAACAUCAACAUUAUGAACAUUCCAAUUUACAACAUCAACAGUUGAAUAUAAAUUAUAAAGAUUUAGAUAAAUCAGAUGAUAAAUUUACAAGAAUAUUUAUAUGGGAUUUAGAUGAGACAUUAAUUAUAUUUCAUACUCUUCUUACUGGUUAUUAUGCUCAUAGAUAUGGCAAGGAUCCGGCAGUAGCUGGUAGCUAUGGUUUACGAAUGGAAGAGUUAAUUUACAAUUUGGCCGAUACAUAUUUAUUUUUCAAUGAACUUGAAGAAUGUGAUCAAGUUCAUAUUGAUGAUAUACGUGGAGAUGAUAAUUAUCAAGAUUUAAUGAAUUAUCGUUCAGAUAAUGAAGCAUAUGGAGAAAAUUCUUCAACAAUAUCACAAUCGAUUAUUUUGUCAUCAUCAUCGUCAACAACAGCAACAACAACAACAACGGUACAUGCUUCGAUGACAUCUUCAUUAGAAACUUCAUCACCCAUAAAUGGGAGUAUGCUGUCACCACCACCAAUAUCCUCAGUAGCACCAUUAACAAAUAUGACUGGAGAAAUUCCAACUAGAGUUAAUACACCAACCUUACAUGGUAGUAUGGAAUGGAUGCGUAAAUUGGGAUUUCGUUAUCGUAGAAUACGUGAAAUCUAUAACUAUUCAAGACAUAAUGUUAGUGUACUUUUAGGUUAUCCUAAAGCAAAUCAAUGGAUUCAUUUAAAAAAUAAUUUGGAUAUAUUAACUGAUCAUUGGUUAAGUAUGGCUAUAAAAGCAACAGAGAAAAUUAAUAAUCGUGAAGAUAGUGUUAAUAUAAUAGUAACAACAACACAAUUUAUACCAUCAUUAGCAAAAAUUUUACUCUAUGGAUAUGGUAAUUCAUUUCAAAUUGAAAAUAUUUAUUCUGCUACAAAAGUUGGUAAAGAGAAUUGUUUUGAACGAAUCGCAUCGAGAUUUGGAAGAAAAUGCACUUACGUAGUUAUCGGAGAUGGUAAAGAAGAAGAAGACGCUGCAAAACAGUUCCAUUGGCCAUUUUGGAGAAUAAAUACUCAUUCGGAUUUGAAUGCUUUAAAUCACGCUUUGGAUUUAGGAUACUUAUAAUUUAAUAAUCCUAUGUGAAGUAUUCAUUUUUGAUUUUUGCUCUUGCAUUAUUAUUAUUAGUAGUAUAUUUCGUAUAAUAUAAAUUAAAACAACUUACGUUUUUAUUUUAGAAAAUAAAGUACCUAUCUUUAACAAAUCUAACAUGUACAUAUUUCAUCUUAGAUAUACAAUAUUAUUAUUAAUUACUUGAUUCAUUUCUCAGCGUUUGUUUUGUAAUAAAUACUGAAUCUAUCAAUUAACACAUUAUUAAGUCUGUGGGUUUUCUUUUAAAGUAUACCCCAACCAAUGC